AUGGUUUCUGGCAAUUAUCUCCUGUCAAGUGUCAAGUGUUUUCAAUUAUGUAAAUUACUCCUUCCUAUAAAUCCGAUUGUUUUUACUCAGCGUAAGCUGUGUCAUUCCUUGAAACAAUGUACGACCACUACUACUGCUACUACUCCUACCACCACUAAUAGUAAUAAUAAUCAAAAUAAUAAUAUUGAAGAGAGUAAAGAAUAUCUAGAGAAAUUAGAAGCUGCUAAGAAUAAUCCACCUUGUGGAUCAACAUUAUACCAAGAAGAUGAUCGUUUCCCGCCUAUUGUUUCUCCUGAUCCUAUAUUCAAUUGGGAGGCGUUAAGAAUUAGUUUAAAAGCUCGUGGCCUAUAUGACAAAUUCAAUAUUGAUGGAUUAAUUGAUUUAGAAAAACGAAUCAGUGAUUUACGCGCAAAAAUGAAUGCUUUAAUGAAGGAGAGGGCUUUACUUCAAAAACAGUAUGAUGAAAAGAAAGAGAACUCAGCUGAAAUUGCAGCCGCUGCACGUGCUGCAAGAAAUGAACACAAAUUACUGGAGGUGUGUUACUAA